AUGGCCGGGAGUGUGAACGGCCGCGACCAGCCUACUGGCGAUCCGAAGCCUAACUUCUCCGACCCCAGUGCCUCACAGUUUCCUCAGCCGUCCUAUCCUUUCCCCAUCGACGCCGAGCUGACCGUGACCUCCAACUAUCCAGUGCCACAGUAUCGGCGACAACUUGAAGAUGCCGGAUCAAAUGCUGAGAUUACUGGCAACGGGACAGUCACUAAUACGCCUCUGAAUCACCCGGGUGCAAGUCCCAGCGCAGCGACUACCGAUCCCGCAAUAACCAUGCCGCAGCCUCCUAACCAACACCCUCCUCAAUUUGCGCCCCCCGCUUCGUUGCCCCCUUUACCUACUUCGUUGCGCGCAAGUGUUGGCGACUCGUCUGAACGGGCACAGGCUCCACAGACUGGUGAUAAGAGAAAGAGAUCAAAGACUUCACGCGCGUGCGACGAAUGUCGGCGAAAGAAGGUCCGAUGCGAUGCCCCAACUGAACCUGACGGGACUCCAAAGACUUGUUCCAACUGCAAGAAGGCUGGCGUGUUUUGUGAGUUCGAGCGCAAACCGAUGAAACGGGGACCAUCUAGAGGAUACAUCCGUGAAUUAUCAGAGCGCGUCGAACAAGUUGAACUUGUGCAAAAGCAGGCAAUGCGCCAAUCUCUUGAUGCAGCUGCCGCAUUUGCACCGUAUGCCGAGACAAUACUGCCAGACCCCGCCAGUUCUGCCACAAAGCGCACACUUUCCUUCAACGAAAUUCGCCCAUUUGCACCCUCGGACUUUCAGCGUGAUAGAAUCCCAAGUUCUGGUACUUGGGGCGUCCAUUCAUCUACUGCUCCUGGGGUUCGCAAUCGCACGCGUGGGAGCCUUGCUAUCGCACCUGAUCAACCCAUUCCCCCGGAGAGCACUCAGGUUUUUGAGGCCGUGGAUCCAGACUGGCCAGAAGCUGAGCCUUCACCACCACCGAAACGCCGGCGACUCGAACUUACUGCAAACUCACAGCCAUUCAAAAUGCAACCAACCUUUCUGAUCAGAUAUUACGACCAAGUCGAGCAUCUGUUUCCACUUCUUCCCGAUUCCGAAACUGUCCUUGAGGUCAUUUCGCAGGCUCCAGAGUUCUCACAUGCUUUCGGCGUCGCCAUCGAGCUGUUGCCCAGUUUCCACAAUGGUGUUGCCGCCAAUGGUCUCCUUGACAAUGGCUCUUCCAACACAAGCUCUGAGAUGUCUGGUCGUCGCCUGAAGCGCGCACUCGCAUCCGACUUAUUUCAUAACUACACCGAGCUGGCCGCAUACUUGGUUGAGCAAAUGAAAGAAGACCCAACAGACCGCACUGAUGACGAAAACCUGGCAUGCCUCUGGACAUUCUUACUGCUGGCAUUGGGGAGCGAGAACGAUAUCAGAACUAUGGAGAAGGAGCCUAUGUCCAAGUCACAACUACUUGAAUACAGUCUGCGCACCCUUCGCCAUCUGCGUUCAGGUCGCGCAAACAAUGAUCGGGCCGGGUUCACUCAAAUGGUCAAACAAGCUUACAACUGCGCAUGCAUGCUGACAAAAUACCAUGCUCUAAGCGUGGGUAUUGGAUACCUCGAUUUGGCGCCUCACGGUGACAUGCUCGUGGUCGGCCAAGUCGAAGUCACCGAUCAUGUCUCUCCUGAAGCAGCCUUCAUAGCGGAGUCAUCCAAAAUAGUCGGUUACUCCGUCAGUCUCUUACCGGCAACCGAUGGGUUCGGCUUGGACAUGGGCUUAGAAUUCAUCCAUACCUUCAUUAGGCCUGGUCUCCAAGAAGUCAUUGACAGAUUCCCCGAACUGGGUGACGACAACCCGACUGUGCAGAAAGUCGGAUGUUUCGUCGAUUCACUGCUUGUUCGCGUUGAUCGUGGGCUUCUUGAGCUGAACAUCCUUAAGGCGGGCGCUGGAAUGGUGGACGCUCUCGCAACCGAGGCCGCAGCAUCUGCUGAGAACUACCGCUUCGACCCUCUUGAUAUGCACGUCUCGGCACUCUCGGUCGUCACGUUUUGCGAAAUAGUCAACAGCUGCAGUUCGCAAGGGAUGGCGGACAUUGCGAACAAAUAUCUGAACGAAGCGAGAGAGCUCCUUCAAAAGAAGUCGGAAGCGUUUCACCAAGGAUAUGGCUUCGAAUGGUUCUAUGCUGCAUAUACUCCGAGUACGCCGGAGGCGGCAGACCAAUACGUAAUGAAGCACUGGACGGAUUGCUUGUUGAAAAUGAUUGAUUGGGUUCAGGCAAAGCAGCCGGCAGUCGAGCAGAACCAUGACACAAGCCGAAUCAUCUUCCCGAAUUUCCAACAGACGGCGAAGACUGGCUGGUUGAAUAUCAUGUCUCGCUUCUAG